AUAGCGCAGGGAAAAGAUGAAAACGGGUUCGCAAACUUCGCACUUUAUUUUUUAUCUUUAGUUUGGUGAGCGUAGUCUGCUUUUUUAAUCAGGUGUUUCAAUAUAAUAUAUACGAGACAAACAUUUCGAGUACGAUUUCGAAAAAUGGAUGAUAGUGAUGGGGCCCUGAAUGCGCUCUUGGAUGCUAUGGAAGAUGAGGGACAAGGUUCAUUUUCGGGUUCGCAAGGUGGUAAAAGCAAGGCGGAGAACUCCGGCAAGAAGGUGGCCUACCUAGAAAACCGUGUCAAAGAGCUGGAGCGGCAGUUGGCUUCGCGUGGCGCUUCCACGAAAACGCAGCCAUCAACCCAAACAACUCCAGUGUCCAAAACUAACGUGCCUAGGUUGUUCGAUCUAGAUACAAACAUUUUUGCGAAGAAGGCCCCACCACCCCACACGCCUCAGAAUUUACAUUCUAGCACAUCGCGCGAUGGCAAAUCGCCGACUCUGAAGGAUAUCGGAUUGUCCGAAUCGUCUGAGGAUGAAGAAGAUUAUGCGCCCAAUCUCAGUAAAUCAGGUAGAGCCUUGAAACGAAAACUGGACGCCCGAGCGGAGGAUGAGCGCACGGCCAAGCGGAACACGCGUAAUUCAUCGCCCGACGCACUCGUCAUCAAACGCACAGCCUUCGCGCCGUUGGUCGCACCGUCUCCCGCGUCGCAGACAGUCGCCCGGAAGGAGACGGUGUCGAGUAAAGUCGUCACGGCGAAGUGCCAGUUUUCCGGGUAUAAUAUUGCCAAUCCGAUGAUCUCUCCGGCAGAUUUGGCAGCGCGAAUUGGUGAUAAACAGACGUGCAAAUUAUCGCAAAUUGCGCAUUCGGGACUGCCAUUUGGCAAGAUGGACUGGAUAACAUUUGCCGUGCUGCUCACCAAGCUUCCGACCAAGACCAGUGCGAGUGGCAAGCAGUUUUCCAUCUGGAAGAUGAUGGAUUUGGAGGAUAGCGCUAAUUCAGUCACGCUUUUUCUGUUCGGAGAUGCUCACAGCGAUAGCUGGAGAGUUCAGGCCAGCAACGUCGUUGUCAUUUUGAAUGCCAGCAUUUUGCCCAAGAAGGAUGACAAAUCCGGUUUAUCGCUCUCUGUCAACUCUUAUAACCAAAUCAUCGAGCUCGGCUACGCUGCUGAUUUAGGGCAUUGUAAAGGGCAGACCAAAAACGGUGAAUCCUGCAAAAAUCUGAUUAACAAGACCAAGCAGGAAUAUUGCGUGUACCACCUAAAAGCGGCAUUCCAAAAAAUUAGCUCCCAACGCAUGGAUAUACAGACCAACUACUCCGGUGUGCAGCCGCGAAUGGGUGCGAGCAAAAUUGCCGAAGUGGCCUAUGGAUAUUUCUAUGGCGGGAAGCUGUUCACGGCGCCGCGUUCCGUAUCGGAAGUAAAAAAACCGCCUCCCACGACUUUCAAAACGCAGAUUUCCAAAGGGGCACAAGCAUUGAUCGACGAAUCGCGGCAGCUGAUCAGGAAACAGUUGAGCGAAGCCGAGAAAGUAACAUUAGAACGUGUGACAACUGGAAAUGAAGAACUGAAUGAACUAGUGGUUAAUGACGGACCGGGAGCCAGAAAUCUGGUGAAAAGCAUCGCCAAGGAAGAUUUGAAGAAGCAUCCAAGAAAGUAUGUGUCACCGUCCGAGCUGCUGAAAAGUCAAGAGGUUUCGAUGAAAAAUCUAAUCGAACAACACAAGAAGCGGGUGAUGAACAAAAAUGUCACAGUCCCAAAACUGAGUGGAUCCUUGGGAGGAGGAGGUGUUGUAUUUUCCGAUGCUGGCAGAACUGCAUCGCUUAAGGCGCCUCCUGUGCCGAUUUCGCAAGUCCGCGCUAUUGCCCAGUUGCGACAGUCUGGAAAAAAAAUCCCAAAGUCGGAUCCGAACUGUCUUUCAAGAAACCCGUCAACAGUAUCCCGUACACCGUUUUCUAGUAGUGCUCAGACAAAAAACACGGAUAUGAAAAUUUGCAACCUGCAAGAUGAUCCCGAGAUUCAGGCGCUUUUACAAACGACAUCCAGGCAUGACGACUUAUGUCAGCUGAACGAAAUAGAUUUUAUGGAUAAGUAUUUUAGUCAUGCCACCAUGAAAGAAAGUAUUGAGACACAGAUGGAGGAUACUAAAGAUAUCGAAUGCGACGUGGUCGUAUGUAAAAAGUGUGAUUAUAUGGCACAUUCGCUUGCAAAACGGUGCCAAGAGGAGCGGCAUCCCUUUACCCGGCAGAAGGUUAAGAAGCGCUUUGUCAAAUGUCGAAAGUGUACCAGACGGAAGCCGACCUUUAAGGCCGUGUCAUCGGCAGUGAGUCCAUGUAAAAGUUGCGGAAGCCAAAAUUAUCAGUGGUGUGGCAUGUUGCCGUUUGAACGGAAAGGCCCUACAUUAGAUACGGAAAAGUUGUUAAUUCGUGGCGAAGAGGAGCCUAAAUUUUUGAAUAGUCUGGUGUGAUCUUCAGCAUCAUGUCAGGUUUGGUGUGAAACUUUCAGGUUAAUGCUUUAGAAUGUAAGUUGAUUUUUCUUACGCUCUGCUUACAAAUAUUUUGGAUAGCGCUGUUUGUAAAUGGGUUUUGUGAUUGUUGUUUUUGUUAGUAAUAACGACGGCCAAAA